GUCCCCUCGCAAAGAAGAGGAGACAAAACAAAAACACACUUGCAUUUCUCCACUCGCGUCCAUCUCUCUGUCUCUUUAAAUUUCCCUGGUCGGUCGCGGCGGCGAGUUGUUCACGGGGAAGAAGAAGCAGAAGAAACGAAGAAUGGGGAUUCCAUCGGAGAUGAGAGAUUUCUGGGUGAACAGCCGGAGGAUGAAUUCGUUCCCGAUCGCUUCUCCAGCUGAAGAACGGAGGAUCCAAGCCGCUCGGAAUUGCACUCAAGAGGGUGCUCGUGCUGGGGCGAGGGCGGCUGCUAUCGCGUGCGUCACCAGCGCCGUGCCUACGUUGGUCGUUUGCCGAGUGGUUCCUUGGGCAAAGGCGAACCUCAAUUAUACUGCACAGGCACUCAUCAUAUCAGCAGCUUCAAUUGCUGCAUACUUCAUCACUGCUGAUAAAACCAUCCUCGAGUGUGCAAGGAGAAAUACACAUUAUGACAAAACAACCUGAGAGCUAGACAACUUAAGAGCUGAUGGAUGAUUUCUUAGCCCCUGGUGCUUGCAUUAAUCAAAAGAUGGUGCAACUUGUUCUGGAUAAGCUUAUGAGUGUCUCCUGUACAUACUGGGAGUGUUUUCUUUUGGCCAGACCGUAAUAAUUAUAACAUAGCGCAGCUGCACUUAAGAGAAGAAGAAGCAUUUUUUGGGUAA